CCGCGCGCCGCGCCCCGGGCCGCGGGCGCGGAGAAGCCGAACCUCGCGGCGGCCGACGUCCGCGGCCGCCUCGAGGCCAUGAGCCGCCGCUUCGACCGCGACGCGACGGACCUGUUGAAGACGUGGCUGCCCGAGGACGUCGACGCGCGCGCCGUCGGGCGCAGCCUGCGCUUCUACCUGCGCAUCGUCGCCGUGUCCUUUUUGGUGAGGUGGUUCGUCGCCGAGCCGCGCUACAUCGAGUCGUCGAGCAUGGCGCCGACCUUCUUACCGGGCGACCAGAUCGCCGUCGAGAAGGUGUCGACGCUCGCGCGCCUGCCCGCGCCCGGCGAGGUCGUCCUCUUCCGGCCGCCCCGGAGCGCGCUCGACGCCGAGCGCCAGUCGGAGCUCGACCGCGCGGCGCGCCGCGGCGCGCCGCCGCCGCGCGACCGCACCCAGCAGCGGCGGCGCGACGUCUUCGUGAAGCGCGUCGUCGCGGGCCCCGGCGACGUCGUCGAGGUCCGCGACCGCGUCGUCUACGUCAACGGCGCGGCGGCGGCCGGCGCCGCGGCCGCGACGGCGCCGGCGUACACGCUCGAGCCCCGGCGCGUGCCGCCGGGCAGCCUCUUCGUCCUGGGCGACAACCGCAACCGGAGCUUCGACUCGCACGUCUGGGGCGCGCUGCCGCGCGAGAACGUCGUCGGGCACGUCAUCCUGCGCUACUGGCCCCCGGGCCGCUUCGGGCUCGUGGAGCACUAG